GGCUUGUUUACUUGGAGCGGCUGCGAGCUGGCGACAAUGGAAAGCGACGGUGUGAGAGGGAGUGAGUGAGUGGCGACGGGCGAGCCGGUGAUGCAGCGAGCGUACGCGGGCGGCACCGCGCAGCCGCAGCCACCCGGCCCGGCCGCGCCCCCCCAUCCUCACCACGCACAGCAUUACCGCGCCCACGCACUUUAUCCGGACAUCGAUGAUCAGAUUCCGGCAUCCGUGAUCAGCAGUGUUGGUACCGUGAGUCUGUCAUCAACGCGGCCUAUCCACCCGACGCCGAGCACAAGUAUGGCUAAUCCGACCAAUCCUGGCACGGGCAGCAGCGGUGCCGCCGCUGCUGCUGCUGCCGCUGCACAGCCAUCUCACCAACUACCCCCCAGCCAAGCGCCUGUGCGCAACCUCCCAAAGAAACGCAAAUUUGAUCCAUCCGAACUCGAGGAGAUCGAACGCAACUGCGCCUCGAAUUCCAACGUCGCCGCAUCGGCCUCCAUGCAAGUCGAGUAUCAACCGCCGGCUUAUCAAGUCUCUGUGAUGCAGCCGUCACCGAUCGUUCAUCAUUCGCCGCCGAGCGAAGUCAAACCGUUCAUACUCCGGUAUCCCAACAUCGACUUAUCGGAGUGGCGCGAUCAUCGCGUUUUGGCGAAGCAACGCGGGCUGUACAUCCCGGGGGUGAUUCGGCAGGCCGAAGGUUGCAAAGUAAUCGUCGAGCUGGACGGGCAAGAGAACGAGCCGGUCGAGUACACGGAUAUAUUUGGCGCAAAUAAGUAUGAUAUCAUCAGCGACGCGAGCCCGCAGAUGAGCCACCUGUUGAUCGGAUCCGCGUGUGUCGUGCGGACCACUGAUCCCACUCGAGAAGGCACUCAAAGCGUGUUUGUUGAAGGCCUAGUGUUCGAGGUGCUCAAUUUUCCCAUCAGAAUUCGAGUGAAGCAGGUGACCGAUGGCGACAUUGGCAAGGAGACGGUGGAGGUGAAGCGUGCGGAUCUGCGGCUGGUACAGCCCCCAUGGGCCGACGAGCUUGAAGACGCUGGUUCCCAACCGCCCACCACCAUUCAAUCCCAGCAUCUUAGGAUGCAUCAUUCUGUCCCCAUGCAGAUGGGCGAAAACUUUUACACAUCUUCGCCUAUGCCGGGCACGGGGCCCGUGGUGACCGUGGGCGCGCUCUCCAACGGUUCAAUGGAUGAACUGCGCAAACGCACCUUCGAUGACUACGGCGAGAGCGACGACGAACUCAAGAAUGACAUCAUGUUCCCCAUUGAUGUCACUCAUAUGGACUGCAGCAACAGCAAACGUAGCAGCCUGCAGAGUCGUGGCAGCACUUCAAGCCUGCUCGAGCGUAGUCUCACCCCUCGAUCUCAACCCCCCACUCCAAGAUCUCAAGCGGCGACGCCGCACAAAUACAAGAAGGGCGACGUCGUGUCGACGCCCACAGGCAUCCGCAAGAAGUUCAACGGCAAACAAUGGCGUAGGCUGUGCUCCAAGGACGGAUGUACCAAGGAGAGCCAGCGCCGCGGGUUUUGCUCCCGCCAUCUCUCGUUGCGUGGUGUCACCAGGUCAUCGAACACUCCGCUAGCGCAGGGAUCCGCGCAGACACCGCAGCAAAGAAGCAGCAGCAAAUCGCUUUCGUCAAGCGGCACGGGUGUAGAGGGCGACGAGACCUCUCGCGAGUCGGACACCACGCCGCCCCAUUACCGCGUCACCGGCCGUUUCGAUUCCGAUGAAACUGAGGCCGCUAAUAUGCUCGUAUCUCUGGGCAGUUCGCGCUCGGGCAGCCCGGGCGCAUCGCCGGUGGGCGCGGAUACGCCGGGCCUACGGAACAACGUCUUUGUGCCCAUCUGCUCGCCGCAGCCGCACACGCACCGUCAUCAUCUCAUCAGACCCGAGUUGGUACGACCCGCGCGUGAGAGCUCGCCCGUCAGCGGAGUCGCCACUAGCGUCAUCCGGGUCUCGCCGGCGCCCUCUUAUCACUAUCAGGUGGAUGGUCCGAUGACGCUGCAAUCGAACGGCAUGAGCGCACAAAGCCACGUGAUCGGUAGUAUACCAUCGUCGGCUCUGAACAUCCAGAGCUCGAUUCAAACAAGCUCUAUUCUUAGCGCUCCCACAACCAUCCCGAGCGGCCUUUCUCUGCCUCCCAGCGUGUCCUUGACUAUCACAAACAGCCAGUCAUCCGCCGCCAACGCCAUUCGCGCGACUAAAAUAGACGACAUCCCCCACAACCUCGUCGUUCACCGCAGCAUUCCAGUCUCCAACGGAAUAGACUUGGACCAGUUGUACCGCAGCCCGCAACCGUCGCACUUAAGAAACGGUAUUCAUGAUUCAUUUCGCCGAGACGCCGAAAUGUCCCCGCCUAUGAAUAACCACGAGAAUUUCCGACGCGGUUCGGAGUACGAAGAAGAGGACCACUCUAUACCUCAACGGGAAAGUAACAUUCAUCACAUUAUUGAGCAACGGAAUAACGAAAUUUCUGUAGCUCACAUUAUGGAGCAGAACAAGCGUAUUGUAAAGCCGGCACCACUGCAGGCGCGCCUCCUCUCUGUGGUUGAUGCUGACGCCAAGGACCCCGGAAUCAAGAGAUUUUAUGUCAUUCCGCAGAAUACAAUUGAGAAGAAAUUUGUGUUGAUCAAGAAUGAACCUAGUGAUAUUGUUCAGAUUGAACAGAAAUCACACCAGAUUCCGCAUCACGUGAAUAAUAACGAGUCCGAGCUUGAACACCGGAUUGUCGAUAAUGGUGAACACAUGAACAACGUGAACAGCAGCGCCGUCAUCGUGCACCCUAGCCAGCUGUUGCCCGUGUUGCCGCCGCCAUCUUCGCACACCGCAAUCAUUGUGUCGACCGGGGGAGUACCGGGUGGAGUGUUUCCUUGGCAGUCACUGGUGCCGCUGCUGACGGCCACAUCGCCGCCGCCAGCUACGCCCGCCGCACCGCCAUCCCCGCGCACCCCGCGCACUCCGCGCACGCCUCACACGCCGCAGACGCCGCACACCCCGCACACGCCACAUAUCAAAAACGAGGAAAUCAAAUCUGAAGGCAGUGGGGACACUGUGGUGACAAUGUGCGCGGACGAAGAUGACGAAGUGUUUGAGUGUGAAGAGUCCGCCGCGGGAGGCAGCGAGGAGUCAAGCAAGCGUCGUUCGCAGAGCCUUUCUUCGCUUCAGAAUCCCGGAUCUGCGGAAAAGAAGGAGCGUCGCAUCCGUCGUCCGAUGAACGCGUUCAUGAUAUUCUCGAAGCGGCAUCGGCAAGUCGUGCACCAGAUGCACCCCAACCAAGACAACCGCACCGUGAGCAAGAUCCUCGGCGAGUGGUGGUACUCGCUAAAGCCUGAACAGAAGCAGAAAUACAAUGAGCUGGCGAGUGAGGUGAAAGAAGCGCAUUUCAAGGCACACCCCGAAUGGAAGUGGUGCAAUAAAGAUCGCAGGAAGUCAUCCAGCAGCCGCGACCCUAGUGGCUCUAUGCCUCAGAGUCCUCGAACGCCAUCUGAGGUGUCUAACGGCGGCGUGCCGGUGAGCGUGGCCGACCUACCGGUCAGCGUAGCGGCGUAUGGCCGUGGCACCUCGCCUCCGAUGAGCGACGACGAACAGAUGACGAUCGCUCAGCAAGUGUGCGAAGAGCCUCCGCUGGUGACACAGAGCGUGGAUGUCGAUAUCAAGUGCGAGCGGGUUACAGACUCCGACUCGGAAGGCCUCGAGACGCAGCAAUAUUUGCCCUCGCACCAUGAUCAUACAAGACGCCCUAAGCCUAUUAAGGCCAGUGCGGGAUCUUCGGACAACUUACUGAGUGGCAUCACAGCAUCCAGUCCCGGCGGGUCCAAAGUGUUCCAGCCCACAGGAGGCGCCUUCAAGUCUACUCACGCCGAUCAAGGUGAUAACCCAAGACAACAAUGGUACACGACGAUCACCAAGUCGAGUUUGAGUCAACCCAAUCAAAUACCGACAUCUCCGCAUAUGUCGCAGUCCAUUGCAUCUAGUACUCAAAGUCUAACAAACAGCGUUCAAGGCAUUUCUCUGGGUACGUCUAACAUGACAACACAAGCGGCGUUGGAUAACGCCAUAGCCUCGAUUAUCAACUCCCCGACGGCAACGAGUGGCCUGCAAGUAAUUUCGAGCGGUAUAUCUGUGCCGACCCAGCAGAUUAACCAAGCACAAUCAAAUAUGUUGAAAAGCGUCACUCUCGUUAAGAGAAACAUUGCAGAUACGACUUCGGGACCCCUGACGCUGUCCCUGGAUGCAUCAGGCACUUUACUAAUCAAGACAAGCCAGACGGGCGAGACGGUUACCGCGGUGGAGCAGCCGCAGCCGGUGCAUUACGUGCAACUGCAAAAACUCUUCGUGCCCUCUUACACUACAGCGGAAGUGGAACAGCCAAAGAGCCAAGCGCAAACUGUGCAGACUGGUCCCUCGGUGAUCGUAUCGCAAAACAAUCACUCCAAGCCGCUACCUCAACCCAACCCGCAAUGGGAUACGGCCGUGGAGGAUACCCGUCCUUUCCCGCUGGCGCCCACUCCAGCGCAGCUUGGACGGGCGCCCUUGCAAAAACGUCUUAGUCGUGGUACGUCAACUGGUUCCACGGGUAGCGGUGAUCAGUCGCGCACUGAGCUACCCACCCCGAUGGACACCGAACCGCUGCCCUCACCCAAAAAACUCGACAACCUGCCUUCGCCUUCUCAUAAGAAGAGCCUGUUCAAGAAAGGCAACGAAGAUGGGCGUGAUAACAUAUUGUGUGGCAGAGUGCUGGAGACAGUUAACUUCGAGAAGAAAUUCGUAAAACUGCCGCAGUUCAAGCCGGAGGCUAGCAGCCCUAGCGCCAUGGUCGUUCCGCGUAGCCCGCAGCUUUACCUUCGCAAGAAGCACAACAAAAUAGAGGAUGAAGCCACUGUGGUGACGCCUCAAAUGGAAGCGGAAAUGAACGGCGCGGGAAUGCCGACCCCCCACUCAUACACCACACCGCACACCACCACCAAGCUCGUCGGCAACACAUUCUUCGGGCCAGAUUUUAACCUUGACAGUUUCCGAGGUUCGAUAUCUGAGAGUUUGGAGGAUAUGUCCCCGCGCACGCCGUGUUCGGGCAGCGGCGGCGGCGCACGCGGCGAGGCCGGUCACCGACGGGUGCUCGAGCAGCGCCGCCAUCUUGUACUGCGUCUCUUCCAAGAGCACGGCAUGUUCCCCACUACGCAGGCCACCACUCAGUUUCAGGUUACCCAUGUAGAUAUAUUCCCGACGAAGAUGUCGCUACAGCUCAAGAUCCGCGAGGUACGCCAGAAGCUGAUGGCCCAGACAAACCUCACACCGCACUCCGAGGUCAACACGCCGACUAACGUGAAUACCCCGAUCGUGUCCGCAGCGCUGCAGCCUACAUCGACGGCCAGUUAGCGGCGCGGCUACGCCAUCUGCGUCAUAGUCACGGAGUAAAGAGACGUCAGUAUAGCUUCACCGUGCCGUCACCAGUCGCUCUGGCUCAUGACCUUUGAGUGCAACCGUAAACAUAGUGAGAACUGUCGAUUGCAGUGCAUUUAACAUUAUGUAGAAACUGUUCCGUGACUACCUAAAGCCCAUCGUAGCAUUCUAUCGCGUAGUAUAGUCGUACAAAAUAAAAUUUGUAACAGACUUUGUGAUUUCGAUAAUUGUAUUAGAGAUUUUCUCGCAAAUGCUUAAUAGCAUUUGAAAUAUUUUAUAGAUAUCAACGUACGUCUUGUAUCUUAUUUAAUCAAUGUAAACUUAUGUGUAAGAUAACGAUUAUGUGUAAUAAAGUCGAUGUUUUUCUGAACGCAUCAUGACGUUCUAUGUUAGUUCUAUAUUUCUUGGUAGUUAAAUACAUUGUCUUUAUUAUCGUGAUCAGUAAACGCGAAAUCGAAAAAAUUACAAAAAAAUGAAUUCGAAUGGAGAAAAUAAUAUUGGAGAGCUCUGUGAAUUUUAAGCGA